AUGGCCCUCUCCAGCCCCAGGACCCUGAGCCUGGACAUUCUGCGCUGCUCGGAGCCUGCCCCAGGGGCACAGCCGGAAGGGGAGCUGUGGCAGCCGCCCGGUGACCAGCCACCCUGUGAAGUCGGAGGACCUUCCUACCCGGGUGGGAGGGACAAGCGUCACUGUGGAAGGCGGGUGGGGGCUGAGCUGGGUAGUCCUCUGCGUCCCCCACGCUCGCCCCCCACGCUCAGGGUCAGACGCUCAAAGGCAGAAGCUGAGGGACCAUUUUUCUCCCUCUGCUUGCGUGUGUCCCGGCUCCUGGGUGGUGUCUACCUGGCAGCUGCCUCAGUCCUGGACCCAGAGGCCGAGUGCAGCAAGGACGUCAUCCUGGUGGGCUCCAGUGAGCUGUCAUCCUCCCCUGCGCCUGGGCCCCAGAGAGAUCAGAUUGCAUACGAAGUCAAGGUUAACCAACGAGCCAUAGAAGAUGUGUGCAUCUGCUGUGGGAGCCUCCAGGUGCACACCCAGCACCCUCUGUUCGCUGGAGGGAUGUGCACCCCGUGCAAGAACAAGUUCCUGGACUGCCUCUUCCUGUAUGAUGACGACGGGUACCAGUCCUACUGCUCCAUCUGCUGCGCGGGAGAGACGCUGCUCAUCUGCGAAAACCCAGACUGUACCCGGUGCUACUGUUUUGAGUGCGUGGACAUCCUGGUGGGCCCCGGGACCUCGGAGAAAGUCCAGGCCAUGAGUAACUGGGUGUGCUUCCUGUGCCUGCCCUUCUCCCGAAACGGGCUGCUGCACCGGAGGAGGAAGUGGCGGGAGCGGCUGAAGGCCUUCUAUGACCAGGAGUCGGAUAGCCCCCUUCAGAUGUAUGCAACUGUGCCUGCGUGGAAGAGAGAGCCAGUCCGGGUGCUGUCCCUUUUUGGGGAGAUAGGGACUGAGCUGAUGAGCUUGGGCUUUUUGGAAAAUGUUUCUGACUCGGGAAAACUGAGACAUCUGGAUGAUGUUACCGACGUAGUGAGGAGGAACGUGGAAGAGUGGGGCCCGUUCGACCUUGUGUACGGCAGCACGCCUCCCCUCGGCCAGGCCUGUGACCGCCCUCCCGGGUGGUUUGUGUACCAGUUCCACCGCAUCCUGCAAUACGCGAAGCCCCGGCCCAGCAGCCCACGGCCCUUCUUCUGGAUAUUCGUGGACAACCUGGUGCUGACCAAGGAUGACCACACUGUAGCCACACGCUUCCUGGAGACGGAAGCCGUGACCAUCCAGGAGGUCUGUGGCAGAAGCGUCCGGAACGCCGUGCACGUGUGGAGCAACAUCCCAGCCCUGAGGAGCAGGCAUUCGGCCCUGCUUCCGCAAGACGAGGUAUCCCUGCUGGCUCAAGAGAGGCAGAGAGCAAAGUCCCCCAGCGCGGGGCCAGCCAGACUUGUGAAGAAUUGCUUUCUCCCUUUGAAAGAAUAUUUCAAGUUUUUUUCAACAGAACUCACUUCCUCUUUAUAA